AUGUCGUUAAGACCGCGGCGGAGCAUCCGAGCCCCGCAAUACCUUCAAGAUUAUGUGACUCCAGAUCGAAUAAAGGUAGAACCGGAGUCUCCAAAGGUCACCAAGAGCCCUGGGAAACAAAAGAAGAAAGUUGAGGUAACGUUAUAUUGUUCUUGGUAUUUUUUAUGUUUAGAUGGCUUUUAUUUUGUCAAAGUUGGAUUUAAAAGCAAGAAGAAGAUUCCUUUUGCCAUUUUUGACUGCAAGAUUAGAUCUCUUGUCUGUUUCAGGAGUCAGUUGAACAGAAACCAGCAGAUGAGUCGAUAGCAGAUGUCUCAACUGCAAAGGUUGCUGAAACGGUUGUUGCUGAAGUGAAAGCAGAAGUGACUCCGACCAAAAAGAAGGCUGUUACCCGGCGGAGCAAUGCUAAAAAGAAGAAAGACGAACAUAUAGAACCGGAUCAAGUACGAUUGUUUUAUACCUAGUGGCUUUGAUGCUUAGAUAUUUGAUACUCGAUCAAAACACGAACUCGUUGACGUUAAAUAAUUUUUAGGGCGAGUCGUCGAAGGAUUUAGAAAGCUCCGAGCCAGCUGCAGUUCAGAUUGAACAACCAAACAUUCCAGCUCCUGAUGUCUCGACACCUAAAAUUCAAGCGAAGCCCGUUGAAACUGUUGUCAUUUCGGAUGUUACGCCGCCCAAAAGACGGUAUGGGACGAGAAGGAGUAUGGCACAGCAAAGAGCGGAAGAGCUUGAACAGGUAUGAAUUUAUUAUACUUGGUGUUCUUAGUUUUUAGGUAACAAAUUUGUUAGCAGCCAUUUUUUCGGUCGAUAAUUAGAUGUAGUCGGAUAGAUUCUUUUGCCUUGAGGCUGUAUUUUGAUCUUUCAGACUCAAGUGCAAGAAAAAGUACCUGAAGUUCCAACAGCUGAAGUCUCCACACCAACAAUUGAAGCUGAACCUGUCGAUGCGACUGUUGAUGUUGUUAAACCGGGCUCCAGUAAACCCAAAAGGAAGCCUGCACGAGCGAGAGCCUCUGAUCAGAAAAGUGAAGAGAAGAUGGAAGUUGAUGAGGUAUGUUUAUAUUACACUUGGUGGUUUUGAAGUUUAGAAUAGAAGUUGAAGUCGGCCGAAGAAUGUUGUGGAUGUUUUUGGUCUCUAGUUUUAUAUUUUUUAGACGCCUCCAGCAGAGAAAGUUGAUGUCCCAACGGCGGAAAUUGAAACUCCAACGGUCCAAGCAAAACCUGUCGAUGAAAUUGCCAAGGAGAGCGUUAAACCAGAGGUCAACGUCUCGAAAAGGAAGUACGGGACAAGGCGAAACGUUGCCGAAGAAAAGAAGGAGGCUCAAAAAGUGGUUGAGGUAUGAUCAUAUUACACAUGGCUGUUUUGUUGUGUUUUCAACGAGUUGUUGGAUAAAAUAGAUAUAAAUAACAAGAGUGUUGGAUUCAAGAUUGGUUUGACCAAAAAUAUUUUCAUUUUUUCAGAUCGAAUCCGACAAAGAAGACGACAUCCAGGUCAUAGAACCCCCCAAAAAGAAAGGGCCCAAACUGAUAUUGGUUAGUAUCGAUUCGACGCCGGUCCAACAGAAACAACAAGAUGUCCCAACAGCUGAAGUCUCGACACCGACAAUACAGUCAAAGCCGGUUGAUGAAACGGUGGAAACACCAAAAACUCAGGUCAGUUCAGAUGGAGGUGGUGUAAUAUAAAAAUUGGUUGAAUUUGAGUGAUUCUGAUAAAAUUUGGGCUGGUUCUUUGGUAAUAGAUAUAGAAUAUGAAUUGAUGGAUCUGUUUUUAUCUAGAUUCAUUGGUAGCUUUGAGUUUUUUGAGCUGUUUUUACAAGUUUUUUUAGGAAACAUCGAAAUCCUCGAGUCCACCAAAUUCAAACAAAUCAGACCGCCGACCGAUCCUGGAAAAGUUGGUGAUUCGAACCAAAGACCUCUCAGGAUCUCCCUCACCAUCUCCAGAUCCAAGAAAAGUAUCCAAAGACCUCCAAAGAAAGCCUUCGGAAAUUCGAAAAACCUCCCUGACUCCAUCACAAGCACAAUUGACACCGAGAGGACAAAUAACCCCGGGAUCAGGCCCGCCGAGGAAAAGAACGAUCCCUCAGAGACAUGCUCCUGCCGGAAUUGAUCUGCUGGAUUCGAUUUUGGGAAGUCAGGAUGCACUUUUGAAAGAAUGCAACAAAACUGAUCAAGAAAAGGCCGCCGAACUGCAAAAAUUGGAACUGGAAAAGAGAAGACUAAGUGGACAAUCACCAUUCCUACUUGGACCUAUUGAAAAACGACCAAGAACUAAUACCGGUAAGAUUUGGGAAUUAUUUUUUUGUUAAUGUCUAGUGUAAUAUAAAAAAUUUUGAGUUUUGGUCAAAAAGUGUAAUAUGAUGAAACAAAAUGCUUGCAGUAUCCUCUGACGGCAGCCAUUCCAACUCUCCGGUCCCAGGAUUCAACCCCAAGGACCCUCUGAACAUCAUGACCAUACCAUCUUCGCCUGGCUCCAGUGGCCCCUCCUCAGCGACCACUGAGUCAAACACUCCAAAGCCAUCUUCCUCAAGACCCGACGACCCCCCAGGAGUGGUAAUCGAGAGAAGUGCGGACCGAUUGAAGCGACUGAAUCAGUCAAUUCCGUUGCCCGGACAACGAAAGGCCUCUCAGGCCAGUCCAUUGGCAAUUUCCCCCGGAAUCAGCUCGAAUGAAAAGUUUUCAACAAUUGUAAGAGUACCAUUGAGUCCUCCAAAGCUGGUAUCCCCACAGGAUUUACCGAAAAUACCAAAGGAAGAAAGCGAAAAAUCGACGAGGAAAGGUAAGGAGAAUUUACUGAAAAAAAUAUAUUUUUUACACUUUUGGAUUUUUUUAAAUGUAGUAUUAUUAUUUUAUUUUAUUGUCGUAUUUUAGCGUCUCGAUGGGAUACCUCGUCCACCCGAGCCUCGACAACCGUCCCAUCUCCAGUCGUGACCUCCAUUCCCAUCCAACCAGCCCCUUCUUCCUUUCCAAAUCCAUUCCUCCCCCCACCACCGAUGCCUGGUUUCCCAUUCCCUCCCCCAUUCCCACCUCCAGCUACUCUCCCCUGCCUUCCUGGAGUCCCUGGCCUCCCCUAUCCACCUCCGUUUGGCCUCCCAUUCCAUCCAAAUAUCCCCCCUCCGAUUGUUACUCCCGUGAUGACUGCCCAUCAAGUUCCAUUCUCAAUCCAUCCACCUCUCCCGGACCUGGAUAGCAUCCCCAUCCCACCAGCACCGCCGAUAAAUAACGCCGGAGACGCGGGAUUCGCUCCGGUUUCAGCAACGAUUUGUGAUGAAAUUUCAAAGGAAAGCGAAUCAGAAAUCCCCACGAAUCAUGUGGACACUCCAACAAUUGAUGAGAUCUCAAGUCUGAACGCUGAAAUUGGCAAAACAGUGGAUUCGUCGACGGAAUCGUUGCGCAAAUUGGCCCAAUAUGAAGUGGAGUUUGGAGAUGAGAUUCCAGGGGUAAAAUAUGAAGUGGAACUCAAAGAAGAGCCCGAGGAUGUGGUCAAAUCUGUGGAAGAUAUUGUCAGGAGUGUUGUAACAGCCAUCGUGGAGGAAGUCGCAUUCGAAAUUGGUAUGUUUUGAGAUUAGUAAAUGUCUCAAAAAAUGGAUUUUUUCUUUAAUUUUGUGAGUUUUAGAGCAUGCUGGGACGAUAUCAGCCACAGCUCGGAUGCGGCUUCACGACUCGCUACUUCACAUCGAUUCUGAAGAUGUCUACGAACCAGAUUUGGUCGAUGAAAACAUCUGCGAGGACGAUGAAGAUGCUCCUGGAACAUCGCAACUCCACAUUGAUGUUGAUUUUGAGGAAACAGAGCAGCCAUUGACGACCAACGAUAGUCAAGAAGGUAUGAAUUUUGAGAUAUUUUGGCUCAAUCUAUAGGUAUGGCUAGUAUAAUAUAAAAGCUUUGAUUUUUCUGUUUGUUUUCGGAUUUUGUGAAUAAUUUUUGCGAUUUUUAGUCGACGAAGAGGAUGAGGAUGAGAUUGCCGGCGAAGCCGAAUCGGAUUCGGACUUUGACAGCGAAGAGGAGGAGGAGGAAGAAGAUGAGGUAGAGGUGGAUGAAGAAGGUCGAGUAAAACAGAAAUCUGGCUCCCCAAAAACACAUCAGGUCGAUAUCCCAAAAGAAAAUGGCGCUCCGGACCAAAAUCCAUCAGAAUCUGCGAUUCAAGCACUUCUCAAGGACCCAACACAGUUCUUGAAACGAGCGGAUAUCUUGAUAAAAAGUAUAAAUAAAAAUGGAAUGGAGAUCGAACAGAUGGAACUGGAUGAGGACUAUGUUGUGGAAGAGCCGGAGAAACCGCUGCCUGAGUUUCACGGGGAACCGGUGCCGGAUGAGGAUGAUGACGACGCUUUGUUCGAAAUGGCCGCGGGUGGGUCUAGUAUAAUAUAAAAAUUGUGACGAGAGAGGUGUUUUCGAUUGGUUUUAUUGUUGGAUUUUGUAAUUUGGGGUUGAACAUGAACUGAGGAUUGGUGAUUUGAGGUUCUGUGAAGUUAUUUUAGGUAUAAAAAACGUAUAUUUUUUUUUAAUUUUUGAUUUUUUUGUCAAAAUUGAGUGCGCUCUUGGGCUAAAAGUGAUAAAUAUAGGAAGAACAGAUCAGACAAAACAUUGGAAGCGCCGUUAUAUUACUGUAGAGACCUAUUUUUUAUAAUCUGUUCAUAUUUUUUAUUGUCUUUGUCAAGUGUAAUAUAAAUUUUUUGAACUUUUCCAAUUUUAGGGCUCUCCCGAAAGAAAGAAGACAAGCCAAUCGAAGAAGAACGUCUUCCCGACGAUGAGUGCAUUGAACUCGACUACUAUAACGCCGACAUGAACAUCAAAGCAGAUCCCAAGAAUAAAUGGCUGGUCGAUCCGGAUAAUGGAGAUGGGUUUGCGUUGAUGUGGGGAUGCGUCAAGUCCAAUUAUGGUCUAAUUGUCCCAUCGGACUUGGAGAAGUUUCCAGUUUUGGUGUAUCAAGUGAAAAUCGCCGACUUUAUCACAUUAAAACACCUCCCAUUCGAAGAAAUAGACGCCUAUGACCUCAGGGUUGGAUGGUCGAGUGAGAAUGUGCAAACCCCGGUAAGGGAGGGUGAUUUUUGAGGUGGAUAUAGUAAUUUUUCGUUGAUUGGAACAAUUUUUUAUUAUCCAUGUUCAGGUCGGAGAGUCAGAACACUCCUAUUGCUUCUCCAGACUUGGUCGAAAAGCAUCCGGAAAUCAGUUUGUGGAUUUUGGAAGCCAGGUAUCAAUGGAUGACGUCGUCACGGUAGCCUUAGUAAGCAUCUUUUGUUAUUACUUUUAUCAUGGUGAAUAUAAUUUUUGAUGGCUUUGAUGAUAAUUUUAUGUUCUUUAGGACCUCUACGCCUCAGAAAUGAAAAUCUACGUGAAUGAAGAGGAUCUGGGGACUGUGUAUAAAGACCUCGACUUUGGAGGCCCCGGUUCUGUCAUCUACCCUCAUAUUGGCCUCAAAAAUUUAAAAGUUUUUGUCAAUUUUGGGUUGGAACAGCCAGAGGAGGGCUGCAAAUGGGAACUACCGCCUCAGUUACUCAAUAAGAACGUCAAAUUCAUUGGCCAAUUGGAGAGAAAUCCGUCGAUUUUGAAGAGAUCCGUCAGACCCCCGGACUCCAAAAGCGACUGCACUGUGCUGAUGAUGGUGGGAUUGCCAGCAGCGGGAAAGACUUUUUGGGUCCGUCAUUACCUAAGGGAACAUCCAAACGAGCAUUGGGUCUUGCUGAAUACCGAAAAUGUGAUCAAUUUGAUGAAGGUAGGAGGUUACACUAGAUAGAUUUUGGUGAAAUUGGUGGAAGAUUUUGAUAGAAGUGUAUGAGAGGUCUAUAGAUCGUUGAAUAAUAAGGGUUAUAAUUGUUUCAGGUGAAUGGAGUCCCCAGGAAACGAGUUCAUCACGGCCGUUGGGACAUGAUCAUGGGUUUGGCGGCAAAGGCCUUGAACAGAAGCUUUGGGCUGGCGUGUAGAAGAAGGCAUAAUUACAUAAUCGAUCAGACCAAUGUCUCCCGAGAUGCGAGGAAACGAAAGCUCCAGGUGUUCAAGGACUUCCUCAGGAAAUGCGUGGUUAUUGUUCCGCCGGAGGAAGAGUUCGAACAUCGACAACUUCGACAGGCCCGUCAGGAAACGGGAUCCACGCUACCGGCUGAAGCAUUACUGGAGUUGAAGGGUAAGCCUUGAAGAAGAUUUGAGAAAAUUUUUAAAAGGUUUGGAAAUAUAGGGACCAGGCUAGACCAUUUUCUUUGAGCGCACAUCUGAUAUCAUGGAUAAUAUAAAAACAUGCUUGUUUUUCAGCAACCUUUGCUCUCCCGGCCCAGGACGCCGAACCAAUCGAAGACGUGAUCUUUGUAGAACCUCCAAUCGAAAGAGUCAACGAAGCCAUCGAACUGAUCCAGCGCUACAACGAAGAAGGCCGACCUUACCUUAGGACCAAAAGAUACAACAAUAAACCCCCGCCAUCGGUGAUUAGCGAUAACAGAAAUCAGCCAAUGGGAUCGUGGUAG